CAGAGAGAGAGAGAGAGAGAGAGAUGGGAAGUGGUGGCGGUGAGGCGGUGGCUGUGUGCAGUGACAAGAGGAUGGGAACAGGGAUAACUAUAUGGAACAUAGACACAGGGGAUCGACUCCUUCACAUACCAACCUGCGCUUCUCCUGCUCGUGGUCUUGUGUGCUUGAGAAACCAGUUCCUUGUAGCUGCUCAGAUUCACAAACCUGGCUCUGUUGGCGGCGGCGCCAUCUCUAUGUGGAAGUUGAACAAGCCUCAGAAGCCUAUUCAGAGCUACCCGCUGGAGCCAAUUGGGCCACUUUCUUGCACAAAGGAUGGUCUAUAUCUUGCAGGCGGCGCUCUUUCUGGAAACACUUACCUUUGGGAGGUUGCUAACGGAAAAUUGCUCAAAACUUGGCAUGGUCAUGAUAAAUCUUUGAGCUGUAUGUUGUUUUCCGAUGAUGGUUCUCUUCUUGUUUCUGGUUCAGAUGAUGGGAUGAUAUGUGUGUGGAACUUGAUUAGUUUGCUGGACGUGGAAAAUGUUGAAAGCUGUCCGUCACCAUUACAUUAUUCAAUGGAGCAUAAAUCUUCUAUAACCGGCCUGUUAACUACGUCAGGCAUCUCAAGUCCAGUGUUAAUAUCAAGCUCGCUUGAUGGCUCAUACAAGGUUUGGGAUCUAGUCUUGGGAAACCUCAUGCAUACUCAAGUUUAUCCACUAGGGAUAACUGCAGUUGCUCUUCACCCAACGAAGCAGUUAAUUUUCUCCGGAAGUAUAGACGGAAGCAUUUUUGUGAACAAACUUGAAAUCGGACUGGUAGAGGAUUAUUUGGUUGGUGCUGAAGAUCAUUCACCUGUGCUAAAAGAACACAAUGGAUCUGUUACCGCAUUAACCUUCAGCAAAUCGGGUCUGAUAUCCGCAGCUGAGGACUGCACCAUCUGCAUUUGGGACAUCACCAGUUGUGAAAUCAUCCGAAGAUUCAACCAUCAGAAAGGGCCUGUGACUAAUCUGGCAGUGAUUCCACAGUCCUCGUUGCUUCCAGUGUCAAACCGUCGUAAACUAUCUAAUGCACUUGGUGUUUCUAUCCUCGACAAGUAUCCGCAACCUGUAAACUCAUCAGAGGAGAAAAUCACUCUUUUUCCAUCAUGCCAACCCUCCGUGAAUUUCCAAACCUCGGGUUCAUGCCAACAAAUAUAUGACAUGAAGAAAGAGGGCACUGUUGCAGCAAUGGAGAUGAAAUUGGAAACAUGUCUAGAGGACCGAAUUAGGGCGACAAAAAUGGCAAAGCAUGUGAUGGAGAUGAACAGGCAUUUGCAAUCACGUUUGCUAGACUUGAUGGAGAGCAGAUUGUCGAGGCCCAAGUCUAGCGAAAUUGAUUCACCUUCGACGAAAAAGAGCAAGACUGCCAUGCUUGAAAACCCCCCAUUGCAGCAGGAGGAAGAGCAGCCAUAAAUCUGCAACUCAUCUUUGUUCCCAUGUGUUUAUUUAUUUUGUCAACCAGUAUAAGGUUAAUGUUAUCAAGAUUUCCAGCUUAGCAGAACUGUUUCUUUCUUGUUGUAUUCGUUUUUUACUAUUAGUUAAGGCUGUGCUAUAGUCAACUAGCAAUUCCGUCGUUUGAGGUUCAAUUAUCAUAAAUGGCGAGUUCGAUACUUAA